AUGACAGGUGCAACAGCUGGAGCAAUCGCUAAAAUAAAGGAGAAAUCAAAUGAAACUACUAGUAGUCAUUGCAUACUUCAUAGACAUGCUCUAGCAAUGAAAAAUAUUCCUCUUUGUCUAAAAAACGGAUUGGAUGAAGUCAUAAAAAUAGUCAACUUCAUCAAGUCACAUCCUCUAAAAUCUAGACUUUUUAAAAUCUUGUGUGACGACUUGGUAAGUAUUCAUAAUACGUUACUUUUUCAUACAGAAAUCAGGUGGUUAUCUCGCGGUAAAGUAUUAACACGGUUAAUGGAAUUAAGGGCUGAAGUUUCUUCAUUUCUAAUGGACCACAACGUUACAUUAGCUGAAACUAUGAAUGACGUGACUUGGCUUUGUCAGCUAUCGUACUUGGCAGACAUUUUUAAUAAAAUGAACGAAUUAAGUCUUUCUUUACAAGGAAGAACUUUGACAAUUUUUGAUGCGAGCUCCUGA